AUGACUGAACAUCUGAGAUCACAUGUGACUGAACGUCUGAGAUCACAUAUGACUGAACGUCUGAGAUCACAUAUGACUGAACAUCUGAGAUCACAUGUGACUGAACGUCUGAGAUCACAUAUGACUGAACGUCUGAGAUCACAUAUGACUGAACAUCUGAGAUCACAUAUAACUGAACGUCUGAGAUCACAUAUGACUGAACGUCUGAGAUCACAUAUGACUGAACAUCUGAGAUCACAUGUGACUGAACGUCUGAGAUCACAUAUGACUGAACAUCUGAGAUCACAUGUGACUGAACGUCUGAGAUCACAUAUGACUGAACAUCUGAGAUCACAUAUGACUGAACAUCUGAGAUCACAUGUGACUGAACGUCUGAGAUCACAUAUGACUGAACAUCUGAGAUCACAUGUGACUGAACAUCUGAGAUCACAUAUGACUGAACAUCUGAGAUCACAUGUGACUGAACAUCUGAGAUCACAUAUGACUGAACAUCUGAGAUCACAUGUGACUGAACAUCUGAGAUCACAUAUGACUGAACAUCUGAGAUCACAUGUGACUGAACGUCUGAGAUCACAUACUACUAAACAUCUGAAUGCACCUUUGUGCAUCUGA